AUGGAAAUAUCUUCUAAUUCGUUCAUUCAACAGAAAGAAGAGGAAGAGGUAGACAGGUCGAAUUCAAUGCUGAGUUUGAACUCGUCUAGUAUCUCCGAAGAUAGAUUAGCACAUGAAAAUGAACUUGAUGAAAUGGCUUCUUCCCCAACUAGCAGCAUCAAUUACUUGUCUUCAUCGUCUACAAAAUCACCACCCCCAUCUCCUUCACCAGGGUCAUCUCCACGAUUAGCAAGUACCAAACAAAUUCUAAAGAUGAUGGAAUUGUCUAGCACAACACCAUCAAGUCUACUGACAGAAAGUGUGGUGCUCUCCGAUUCAGAUGAGAAAAGUUCUUUGGAUUUUGAAUCUGAAAGAGGUCUCAAAACACCUACAAAAAAUACACAUAGAAAACUGUUUCUGCCACCAAGUUCUGACGAUGAUGAAGAAGGAGUAAUUGAUUUGACUAGAUUAAGAAUAUCAUCUCCUGAUGUAAAUAGACGAAGAAAGAAAUCUAGAAAGAGUCGUUCUGAACAACAGGAAGAGAACGAAGAUGCUGAUGAUGAAGGCAAUACUGGUAAAAAGUCAAGGAGAUCUUCGACCAGUUUGUCUCCUACCAGAAAAAGUAGAAGAACAAGAGAUAAUAGUUCAACUCCCGACUCGGAGACCAAUAAAUCAACUAGCACCAGAAGAAGGUUGAGAAGAAAAUCAAGAGAUAGCGAUAGAACAAACCGUUCAGAGUUUUUUGGUACUGGUUAUACGUCAAUGCCAACUUCUGGAAAAGUUUUCAGAAAUUUGUUGAUUUUAGAAGAAAGUCUUCGUCAGCAGGUAAUUCAACAGAGAGCCAUGAGACGUAAAUAUUUGACAUUUCUUAGUAUUUUAUGUUCCAUCAUAGCCGCAUUAUCGCAUCAUUUAUUUAUUAUGGAUAAUUCAUCAACGGGAACUUUGAGAGUUAUCUUACAAUUUUGUUUACUUGCUACAAUUACCACUUUGCUAUUAUAUCAUUUAUCUGGUGAAUACCAGAAAACUAUUGUAUUACCAAGAAGGUUCUUAUCGCUGACAAACCAAGGAAUACGUCAAUUAAAUGUUAGAUUGGUUAAAAUAAAAACACCUUUUGUUGACAAAGUUACUGAUUUCAUUAGAGAAAUUCUGUUGGCAAUUAUUAAUUUUGACUUGAAUAUCUUUCACAAAUUAUUUCCCGGGUGUAUUCAGAACAAAAAUUCACGAAUUGAAGUAUUCUUAGUGACCUGUCAAUCACAGUGUCAACCAAGAAUUGGUGUCACUGAUGUUAAAUUGGUAUUAAAUGCAAGAGUAUUUAAUACUAAUAUUAGAGAAGGUUGGGAAAUGUACAGAAGUGAAUUUUGGAUCAAUGAAGGAAUCAGAAGAAGAAAUAAUAUGCUUGCAUUUUGUAAUGACUCGGGUGCAACUAAGAAUGUCAGUUUGAAGAGAAGAAAGAGAAAAUCAGUCACACCAAACAAACCACAACCAGUAACAGCUACAUUAAGUGAACAGAACUUACAGAAGUUAUCACAAGGAUUUGAUGAUUCGAAAUUUGAAUCCGAUCGUAAUUUAAGAAGUGAAUCUAGCAGUCCAUUGAGAUCAGAAACUUUAGUUAGUGGGUAA